GUUCAAGUUAUCGUACAUAAGUCUCUUCCUUCUUGAGUGUUCUUGAAGAUCGAUUUUCAGGGUCAAUUAAGCGCUCAGAACAAAAUUAUUGAGUGUACGCAACAGAGAGAGUCCUGAAAGUGGAAGACUCUGCUUUGAUUUGACCUCAUACCAUCCUCGCGCGGGCCGAGUCUCGGCUUCUUUUUCACCUUCCGACUUGUAUAUAACUCCCGUCCCCGAGAUUUUGUUCUACUCCGAUAUACUUCUCUUUUCCAGCUCGACCCCAAAUCCCAUUCCAGAUUUCUUUCCUCGAGGUUUCCACUUUCUUCAUCUCUCUGACAACUGCAUGAACACCAUUGACAGUCGUAGGGACCGUGCUAAUCCCAGACGCGCCCUCCCAACAUGAAUGCCGGCUACAAGGUGGUUUCUCUCGCCUUCGGAGAAAAAGCAGGUAGAACGCGCGUUUCUCGCGCUUGUGACCGAUGUCAUCGGCAAAAGAUCAAAUGCGAUGCAGCCCAACCCCGGUGCAAUUGGUGCACUCAUCAGGACGUCCCCUGUCUUUACGAUAGGCAACGCAAGAGACGCCGCAAUUAUAUGCAGCCACGAGAAAAUGCUCGCAGUUCUCAAGACGGGCUUCAUAUCAAUGCGUCUGAUCACGGAGUGGUGGGUGAUUCUACCCUGCCGCCUAGUAAACUUCGAAAUCACACUGCGGAGCACUUAAGCGGCCACAUCCCAAUAACUAAAGGGAACGCCUCGUUGUCAUCAGCUUCAGACACUAUCCCUGCAAUACCGUGCACGCAGGGUAGUCAGCAUUCCAGACAAUCAUCACCGACCAUUGAUUCUUUUAGCUCUCCACCCUGGGAGAAUAUUGCACAAUAUGACCCCGGUCUGAAUCACGAAUCAAGUUCAAUUGAUCGAACAAGUCUACCUGACUAUGAUGUGAUCAAAUCCCUUGCCAUUGACUUCUACUCUUCGAUUUAUAGUUCCAUAUUCCCGAUAAUAGACCCCAUUCUCUUCCAACGAACUUUAUCGUAUGCUUAUGAGAUUGAUCCUCGUACGCGAGGGGCUAGGAAGUCUGCUUGUCUCUGCGUGUGGGCUUUUCUUGCGUUCAUGUCGAUACAUCAAUUAGAAGCAGGUCAUCGCAUCUCGCUAACUGAACGUUUGCGCGUUUUGCACUAUAUUGAGACCUCCAUGCAUAUAGGGCAAGAGCCCGACAUAGACCUGCUGCAAACAUCAGUCAUCAUGAUUGUCGUCUAUCUUUUUUCGGGAAAACUUCGAAUGGCUGUCAUGUGGAGCACUUUCGCCUCUCGAGCAGUACUCCUUCUCGGAGGCCAUUCGAAGACAUGCCUUGAGCGCGCGUCGCUCUUCACCUACUCAAUUGAGCUAGGGUCUAGGAAAGACGCGCAUCUUCGAAACCUUUUCUGGCUGUGCUAUCAUUUCGAUAAAGAACUUUGUCGGCGUACCGAACAGCCUCCGUUUCUGUCUGAACACAAUUGCGAUCUGAGUCUUCCUAGAGGCUACAAAGAUUAUGUCCAAUUUACCAUGGAAGCAGAUAUUUACUCCCGGCCUCUAUUUCCCGGCGAUCUUCGGUUAACGGAGAUCCGUUCCCAGGCUUAUGCUGCUUUGUACUCUCGGCGAGCCCUCGAGAAAAGUGAUGGCGAGAUUUUGCAAGCCAUUCGAACAUUGGAUGGUCGGCUUGAAGAAUGGCGAAUGGCUGUUGCACCUGACCACCGUCCAAAGCUUUUCUUCUCUGCAGCCAGGAGUAUUGGCCGCGAUGGCGCAGACAUGCGGGCGGUGAUGCUUCGUCUCGAAUUUUACCACUGUCUAGCUUACGUCCAUUUGGCGAGUACUCGUUGCAAGUCAUGGAGCCAUCGGCAUAAAGGAGAGCUAGAGGGAGUCAGCACGAGUUUAAAAAUCUCUGUGUCGGCCUGCCGCUCAUCCUUGCAAUUUCUGCUAGCAGUGAAGUCGGCCUUGAAACCCAAGGUUUUCUGGCUCGUCGUGUUCUAUCCCAUAAUUGCUAUGCAAACCAUUCUCUGGAAUGUCCAGGAGAACGCAAGUACUCAAACUGCGACGGACGAUGUUACCCUUAUUAGUGAGGUCGCGCAGUUCAUGCAUGGCCUAGCCACACAAGCCGCACUGCAGAAUGAGGGACUCGGGUCUGAGGACCGAGUUUGUACCUUCAUUGCGGACCUUGAACGCGCAGCCCGCCAGUCAGUAUUGAAAAGUGCCCCCGCCACUAUCAGCCGACAGGGCGCUGAUGUUGCGGUCUGAGUACGCCAAACCUAAGCUCGGGAGAACCCUGUGCUUCCUUCGGGGUUGUUCCCUCAAUGCAGUUCAUAAGAAGGUUGUUUGGUGUUCCG